AUGUCUUUUCGUGGAAGAGGAGGAAGAGGAGGUGGCUUCAAUCGUGGAGGAGGAGGUGGUGACAGAGGUGGCUUCAGUCGUGGAGGAGGUGGCGGUGACAGAGGUGGCUUCAAUCGUGGUGGACGAGGUGGCUUUGGCCGGGGAGGUGGACGAGGAGGCUUCAACAGAGGCGGAUAUGACCAGGGACCUCCAGAAAGGGUAGUUUUGUUGGGAGAGUUCAUGCAUCCGUGUGAAGAUGACAUUGUUUGUAAAUGUAAAACAGAAGAAAACAAGGUGCCUUAUUUCAACGCCCCAGUGUACUUGGAUAAUAAGGAACAGAUUGGCAAAGUGGAUGAAAUCUUUGGACAGCUGAGAGAUUUUUAUUUUUCAGUGAAACUGUCUGAGAACAUGAAAGCCUCUUCAUUUAAAAAAAUGCAAAAGUUUUACAUUGAUCCAGCGAAGCUGCUGCCCCUUCAGAGAUUUUUGCCAAGGCCACCUGGAGAAAAAGGUGGUCCUCCCAGAGGAGGUGGUAGAGGAGGACGUGGUGGUGGACGUGGAGGAGGAAGAGGCGGUGGUAGAGGAGGAUUUGGGGGAGGAAGAGGUGGAGGAAGAGGAGGAGGAUUCAGAGGAGGAAGAGGUGGAGGAGGAGGAAGAGGUGGUGGAGGAGGCUUUCGGGCAACAGGCAGAUUCAAAUGGGUGAAAGAUGCAGGAUGUCUGUUUUGGAAAUCUGAGGAGCAGGAGCGAAUGCUCUACGAGUUUCAUGGGUUAGAGAAGGGAGAGCUCUUCAGGUGUGCCCCCUUUCUAUGGGAUGGCUAUAUGUGCCUGUGUCACUGCACCCUUAUUGCUACUCAGCAGACACAGCUCUAG